GGUAUUCUCGCGUCGUGGCGUUGCCGUACAGUUGUUAAUUUGUGGUCGUUUAGCGUGUACGGAAUUUAUUCCAGCGGGUUUUCCGAAAACGAGUGUUAGAAUAUCUUUAUAAAAUAUCGUUUUUCAACACUCCUGUCGGUAUUUCUUUACGUUAUAUUUUUGUUUUAAUAUAAAUUGUAUUUAUAAUUCAACUACUGUAUUUUAUUUAUCGAUCACCGCUGUUUGAAAGUCAACUUAAUAAAGCGGCAGUCUUAUUAAAUGUCAAAAAUUUAAAACCUAAGCCAGAAUUUUUCCGAUAAUUCGUGAUAUUUUCUACCUUAACUACCAACGAAAUUCAUUAGUUUAUUCUAUUAUACAUACCUGACGUUCUCAGUAUUAUUAUACUAAAAAAUAACGUAUGCUGACCAACGAAAAUAAAAUUUAUAUCUCAUGUUCUAAUGUAAAUGUGCACUGAUGAAGAAUGAUAUCAAAUAUUAAAAAGUAGUUUUUAAUUGAUAAUUUAAAAUAGACUUUAAAAUGUCGUUGACCAGUGUUCAAUCAAUGAGUAACCAAAACCUAAUGAACAUAAACGAUAAAAUGCUUGAUAAUAUUGAUCUAGUAAGUGACAUAGAGCAAGCUGUUACGCUCGAAGAACUCAAGGGAGUUUUCAAAUAUUGUUUUAGAUGUGGAGUGAAUUGGGAGCAACAUCACGUGUCACUCGACUGUUUAGAAUGCGGAGGAUAUUCUCUGGAAAGGCCUUGUCCUAUUUGUGCAGGACAUUGUCAUAAUAUUUGGAAACGUGAUCUUGAAGAGUCUCACAGAAGCGGAGAAGCAAGUUGGAUAGGAGAAUGCUCUUCCAAAUGUAAAGAGAUGAGCCGUGAUGUUAAUCAAAUUUGUAGUCGACUAGAAAAAGUCAAAGCUACAUUUUAAAAAAACUUUUUUCAUUAUUUAUAAGUUUACCGAUGACUAUCAUAAAAACAUUGUUUAUCAUGUUUAUUAUUACAUAAUUUAACUCUUAAUUCGGUAAAAACAUCACGUAUAAAGUUUUUCUAUGUUAAUUUCUACAGAAGAAAUUGAAGAACGACUUAGAAAAUUAUAUACUUUGUAAAUAUUUAUCGGCUGUUUAUUUUCUAUGAAAAUUGUACAACAAAAUGCAGUGUAUUUAAUUUUGUUAAUUUAUUUGUGACAGACAUUUUUUAAAACAAUAUUGUACUGCAAUAAAGAA